GCCUGUCUCCCUGUGUCCUCAGAGGUUUUGUCGCAGCUGCUCGGGAAUCACACGUCAUGAGUGUAAAGUGACGACAUCGUCCUCGUGCUCUGACUCAGCAAUUUCAAACUUGAGCACAUCUGAAGAAGAAGAAGAGGACGACAAGAGCAGUGACAUACACAGUUGAGGCUCACGUGUGAAUGGAAGGAGAUGAUUUCAACACAGAGGCAGUGAUGAACAUCUGUGAUGACCUGAUGGCUGACCAGAGGAUGGACAUCUCUUCUACCAUGACUGACUUCAUGUCUCCAAACUCCACUGAGCUGAUCUCCUCGUCCAUCAGCAGCAGCAGCACCACGGCCAUGGACUUCACCAGGAAGAGGAAGGGCAGCUCCACUGACUACCAGAUUGAUGGAUUCUCUUUUGAUGACAUGGAUCCAGACAAAGACAAACUGGGCAGUGACCAACAGGGCCGGAUCAAGAACGCCAGAGAGGCUCACAGUCAGAUCGAGAAACGGCGUCGGGACAAGAUGAACAGCUUCAUCGACGAGCUGGCGUCGCUGGUGCCCACCUGCAACGCCAUGUCCCGGAAACUGGACAAACUGACGGUGCUGCGUAUGGCAGUGCAGCACAUGAAGACGCUCCGAGGAGCAGCUAAUCCGUACACUGAGGCCAACUACAAACCUUCCUUCCUGUCAGACGAUGAACUCAAGCACCUGAUACUGAGGGCUGCUGAUGGCUUCCUGUUUGUGGUUGGAUGUGACCGUGGAAAAAUUCUCUUUGUCUCUGAAUCAGUCUACAAGAUCCUCAACUACAGCCAGAACGACCUGAUUGGCCAGAGCCUUUUUGACUACCUUCACCCCAAGGACAUCGCCAAGGUCAAAGAGCAGCUGUCCUCCUCCGACACGGCGCCCCGUGAGAGGCUCAUUGACGCUAAAACUGGUCUUCCAGUGAAGACAGACAUCACCCCGGGUCCGUCUCGUCUCUGUUCUGGAGCCAGACGCUCGUUUUUCUGCAGGAUGAAGUGCAACAGACCUUCAGUCAAAGUAGAAGACAAAGACUUUCCCUCCACUUGCUCAAAGAAGAAAGCUGACCGUAAGAGCUUCUGCACCAUCCACAGCACAGGUUACCUGAAGAGUUGGCCUCCCACUAAAAUGGGUCUGGACGAGGACAACGAGCCUGAUAACGAAGGCUGUAACCUGAGCUGCCUGGUGGCCAUCGGCCGCCUGCACCCCCACAUCGUCCCCCAGCCCAGCCUGGCUGACAUCAGGGUCAAAGCCACAGAGUAUGUGUCCCGACACGCCAUCGACGGCAAGUUCGUCUUUGUGGACCAGAGAGCCACAGCCAUCCUGGCCUACCUGCCUCAGGAGCUGCUGGGAACGUCCUUCUAUGAGUAUUUCCACCAGGACGACAUUGCUCACCUGGCUGAGUGUCACAGACAAGUGCUGCAGAUGAGAGAGAAGAUCAACACCAACUGUUACAAGUUCAAGAUUAAAGACGGUUCUUUCAUCACACUGAGGAGCCGCUGGUUCAGCUUCAUGAACCCGUGGACCAAAGAGGUGGAGUACAUCGUCUCCACCAACACUGUGGUGUCGUGUCCAAUGAUGGAAGGAUCAGAUUAUCCUCAAUCUGCUGCUUCACCUCAGAGCAUGGACAGUGUUCUCACCUCAGAGGGUGGUGGGAGGCGGGCUCUGCAGACGGUGCCAGGAAUCCCAGGCGGCACGAGAGCAGGAGCUGGGAAGAUCGGACGCAUGAUCGCGGAGGAGGUGAUGGAGAUCCAGAGGAUCAGAGGCUCCUCCCCCUCCAGUUGUGGCUCCAGUCCUCUGAACAUCACCAGCACACCUCCACCUGACACCUGCUCACCAGGGGGCAAGAAGAUUCAGAAUGGAGGAACACCUGAGCUGCCGAGCACUGGAAUCAUCCCUGGACCUGAUUCUGUUGGGUAUCCAUACUCAAACCAGUCCAUCAUGAGCGAUAACUCUCACCUGAGCAUCGACAUCAUGGACGAGCCUGGCUCCAGUAGCCCGAGCAACGACGAGGCGGCCAUGGCAGUCAUCAUGUCUCUGCUGGAGGCCGACGCCGGCCUCGGGGGCCCCGUCGACUUCAGUGACCUGCCCUGGCCUUUGUGAGACAGACAUAGAGAGAGAGAGAAGGGCUGGACUUCUUGUCUGCACUGCAAGUCGUGUUUCCUGCUCACACUGUUUGUCUUCACCGGUGUAAGAGAGAGUGAGUGUGUGUGUGCAGCUUCUCUGUCGUUGCCAUGGUGACAGACUCUGACAGGAUUGAAAAACACUUUCAAAGUGAAAAAUCUAAAAGUAAGGAUCAGUGUGGGCGGAGACUGUCCAGGGGUAGGGGCUAAAGAUACUCCAGAAAUUCUCCUGUCAGCUCCCAGUCCCACCUCCUUUCAGCUCUGCUCCACACCCUCACCUGGAUGUUCCCCUGAUAACCUCCUGCUGCAUCCACUCUGCCCCGCCCUCUCUGGCUGUGGCGGCGCGUGUCUUCGCCCCCUACAGACGUUACAUUUAAACUACAGAAGAAAACAAACACCCCGACUUGGGGUGGGUGGGGCCAACUGGUUAUAUGAUGAGGUCACAUCUUGUCAUGCUCCUCCUCCUGUUUGUACUUGCCCCGCCCCCUGCCUGUGUGGAAAGAAGACAAUAAUGAACAAAGUGUUGUUUUUAAAAGAAAGAAAAUCUGUGUUAUAAUUUAGUUUGACUUCCAUGACGGGUCAACGGUCUAUGAUGACACACAUUCGCAUGUAUUAUUUUAAUACCAGCUUCAGUUAAAUCAUUUCAUUUAUUGAUUGUCGAGUUUAGGUUUGUGUGAUUUUUCAGCUUCUUGAAUGUGAAUAUUUCCUCAUUUCUUUGUUCCAUAAAAACAAAGAAAUCAUUCAAACUCAAUCAUGACGUUAGACAAAAGUUUGACAAACACUGAUCAACUAUCACUGCAGCUGUCAUUCAGUGGUAUAGAUUUCAAUCAUGUGGAACCUGAACACACUUUAAAUGUAGAUAUGUUACAUUUAACUUUAAUGGUUUUCAAAGAACACACACACACGUGUAAAACUAACAAACAUGGAAUAUAAUAUUUUCAAAUCAAAUAUUUUUUCUUUGUCUUGUCGACAUCACUCUUUCCUCACAGGCAGACACACGCACGCAGUCAGGUUGGCUCCAGGCCUCCCGGGGGCAGCAGCUGACAUCUCUUCUGUAUCUGUUGUGGGGUUUUUCUGUUUCAAUGUUUCCAUUCUACACACUACAAUACAGUGUUUCCCUUGUUGAUAACCCCCACACACACCGGAUAAUGUAUCUAAUCUUUAAAUAUUAUCAUGCUAAGAGUAAACUUUAUGCAUAUAUAUAUAUAUAUAUAUAUGAGUAUGACGAGUGUUCUGUAUCAGCAGUGAAAUAUUUUUAAAAUAAAUGCCUUUCUGUCAUUGUGA